AUGCCAAGCGUCGCGUUUCUGAUGGCGAACUAUGGCCACGAUCCAACGGCUCCCAAAGAGGCUUGUGAUCUUUACGCUCAAAUGAAAAAAGAGAUGGAGUCUAUGAGCAUCCUAUCGUGGUCUGAUGACAGCUUCUCCUUGCUACCAUAUGACCUCGUCUUUCUGCCCGGCGGUCACGAAAAGGGUGUCGUACAAGUCAUCAAUUCUCCAACCGUCCACAAGUUGAUCGCAGACUACUUUCCCCAAACCAAGAAACCAUCCAAGAAGUGCUGUGCUGCGAUAUGUCACGGCGUCAUGGUACUAUCAGAGUCAUCUUUGUCCAGUGGCAAGAGCGUCAUACACGAUGUGACCACUACAGCUCUGCCUGGCACAAUGGAACAAUCGAUAUUCUGGGCGACGAGAAUGUUCCUCGGUGAUUAUUACAAGACUUACGGCGCUGGCUCGGAGAGCGUAGAGAGAAGCGUUUAG